UGGAAUUAUCUGUUUCUGUGGGGAUUUAAAUUUUUUGACAGUUAGCUUUUCAAACAAAAUUUCUGCUUUACAUCAAAACAAGGGGCUCGAUUUCAAUUGGAAUCUUUUAUAUAUCUAUUCAUUUAAGGCCAGACAAAAUCUUCAAGGAAUUACUUCAUACAAAUUUGAUUCGAAAUGAUAUGCAACAUUGGAGGUUUGAUUUCUCAUUGAAAACAUUCUAUAUUGUGAAACUAUUCACAAGUUUAGAUUCUUGAUGGAUCAUAAAAGAGAGACUGAUGAAGAAAUUGAGGCCAAUAGAGUGAUAGAGUAUUAUAAGAAAUAUUGUCAAAAUCCAGAUCUGAUCAAAUAUUUUACUGGCCCUGAAGCUUCAUGUGUAGAGAAAAAAGUUUUUAAUGUCGACAUCCAUAAAAAAGUUCCACUGCGAAACCCCCAACCUGUUAUAUUAUCAGAAAAUGUGGACGUUCAAGCAAAUCAAGAGUGUGUGAAUGAAGAGCAAUGUAAUUCUUCAAGGACUAUAAAGUCCCCAACAUCACUAGACAUAGUUAGUGAGCAUGAAGAUACAGAGGAAAAGAAUCAUUCUCGUUCAAGUAGUGUGGCAUCCAAUAAAAUAGAAUGGGAUAAUGGAGCAGACAUAGGUUAUAAAAAUUCUUACCAGUUUUUAUCUGCAAGGAAAAGUGCUUCAUUUCCAAGUUUACUGACACAAAACGUGUCUGUGAAUAGCAGAGUACUUCCAAAAGAGGCUGCUGAAAAAUCCAUUUCUGAAAAUAUUCAAGAAUUAAGAAAAAUGUACCAUCAAUUAACGUUUUCUUCUGAAACUUCAAGUAGUGUGAACAAAGGAUAUACUGCAUCAUCAGAGUCAAAAGGACAAAGUUCUUCUUCUCCUCAGGAGAAUAAAAAUAUGAAAAUUAGUACAAAAUCUAGCUCCAGCAGUGAUUCAUAUUUACAUAGGAAAAUUGGACAUCCUGUUGCAUAUUCAACUCCUCAUGAAGAAUCUACCUCAAAAGAAUCUAUACCAGGAAGUUCAAAAGAUGUUAAAAGCUCGGAGAAACAUUUUUCCGAAAGCUCAAGAGAAUCUACAUCUAAAAGUUCUACUAAACCAGGUGUUUACAGUGUCACACCAAUGCUAACAUUAUCUGCGAAACCUAAGAGAAAUUUAAAUAAUGAUGAGCUCUUUAUUCCAACAGAAAAAGAGAGCAUUGUGGAUCAUAAUGUGAUUUCUUCUGCAGAACAGGUAAAGGAAUCAAAUUUGAAUGUUAUUAAACCAGAGACUGCGAAGAAUUCUAAUCAUUAUCGAAAAAAAAUUAAUCUUUGUCUUACGAAGCCUAUUUCGGUUGAAUGCAUAUCCCUUGAAAAUAAAAAUAACGUUCACAAAGAUGUUCAGACCAGUUUUUCAUCUGAUAAAUCGUCAAAGUGUAUUCAAACUGAAGAAGCAGAUUUCAAAAGUGGGGUAUUUGACAGUAAAAUUAGAUGUUCCCCGCAAACUCAAAAUAUUGAAUAUAUAAGAUUUGGUGAAGAGACUUUCAAAGGGGCAAGCAGUAAAUUGUACCCUACACGAGAUUCUGCAAGAAAUCCUUAUAUAAGCAGUGAAGAAAAAAAUUGUAGAGCAACUCAGACUGAAAAUGUCUGUUCAAAAAACAGAAAAACCAAACGUGUUCCAAAAGAAGCAAUUGAUGAGAAAAUGACAGAGUUCACACAAGUAAAGAGAGUACCUUAUGAGAAAAUGUAUAAUGUUAGUUCAGAAACAAGUAGUGUGAAUACAAUGUCACAAGAGAAAGAAUCAUCUAAUGAAAACCUCGAGUCUAAAGAAGGUUGUUAUAAAAGUGCUGAUAAUACAAACGAGUUUCAAGCAGAAGAAAUGCUCCUAGCAGAAAUGAUAUCAUUAAAUUAUUCUAAGAAUUUGAAUACUGACAUAAAAAGAAGUAUCAAUAUUCUUCAAAAGUUGCUGAAAUCGAGAAAAUAUGAUAAUUCUACUAAAAAAUAUUACAUAAAGAAAAUUGUGCAGAAAAUAGUUGAAUCAAAAUACUCAGACGACAGUACCAGUUCUGAUCUAUUUAUGCCGAAAAAAAAAACUGUAGAGCCAAGGCCUGUAAAGGAAACAAAGUCAGAAACGGAAAAACCUAAAAGUUCAACGAACUUGAUGGACAAUUUACCUUGGUACCCCAUUUCGGAACCAAUAUAUUCAGUGCCAAAAAAUAACACUAAGAAAUCCGUAUCAAGUGGUGAUAAAAAAUUCACAGAUGAUAAUAAUUUGAAGCCUAGGAAAAGUGAGAAGAAAACUAUAGCUCCAAAUGUAACAAAUGAAAAUCAGAGGUUUAUUCCACCAGUUCAGAAAGAUAAAAUGAAAAUCCCUGAAGCAAAAGUUGAUCAAUUAAAAGUACCAUUGAUAUCACCUGAAGACAUACACAGAUCUAAUAAUUCAGCAACAACAACUGAGGAUUUGAAGAUCAACCAAAAAUAUCCGAGACCAGACAAAACUGCCAAACUUGCCUCAAAAUCUUCUAGUAAAUUGAUAUAUAAUCCUGUCCCUCAAAAAGAUUACAGACCUAUUUCUUCUGAAGGGAAAAUUGGCGAGACAAAUUGGAGAACAGCCAAAACUUUAUCGGAGAAAUUGUUAGAGAAUAGGGAUUUAAUUGACUUCAAGAACGGACAGGGGGAUUAUUUGUUGCAUGUGGUUAAAAAUGAACGUAAUCAUCAGCUGUCAUGGAUAAAUAAUGAGAUAGAACACUUGGUGAAACUUAAGGAGUUGUUGGAGAAAAAACCUGAGAAGACGAGACCUGAUUCUAAGCUCAAGGAUGUUAUUUCUUCCUUGUUGAAGAUGAAGGAGAAUGAUAUGAAAGGUUUGCCGAGAAAUUUCGAAGUUUUCAUUUGCAAGUGUAAGGCUCCGAAAGGAAAAUGCGACCGGCAUUGUCGGGGACCGAAAGAUAAUCGAAAGACGCAGAAGAAGACCGCCUGCCUGACCCCUGGCUACUACACCAUCGAAACCCAGUUGGAUCCCGAUGGAAACCUUCUGGAUCUGACGGUAUUUGAUGGGAGCGGCAGUAAAAAAUACAACUACAAGAGAGACGGCGUUGUGGACGACGUCUCGAUCAGCUCCAAGAAUCACAACACCGAAGUUAAGCUCAAGCCUAAAGCCGGGGAAUAUCCAGGUCGGAUCUUGUCUGAUGCAUGCAAGGAAUGUUGCGCGUGUGGAAGGAUGUUCGUACCGCCUUCGAACGAUUCAGAAAUGUCAAUUUGCGAGGUAUGCGCUGAAGAUUUGUCUGUGAGAGACGUAGCUAUGCCCAUGAGGAAUGGGUACAAAAUCUGUAAGGAUUGCGGUAAGAUGUUCAUACCCCCGAGAGAGAAUCCGAACAUUUGCAUAUGUCAAGAAUGCUACGACGAUAAACCUGUGUCCGAUCAAAGACCUGGACUACAAUCGGAAUUAUGCGAAGCCUGUGGUAGGUUGUUCGUUCGUAGAGAAGACGAUUCCGAACUUUGUCUUUGCAAGAGAUGCAAAAAAGAAUUGAUUCAAGUAGAAAGGUUAUCGUGCCAUCCAACACCGCCCUGCAACGUAUGUAGAGAUUGCGGAAGGAAAUUCCUAGCAUCUGUCCAAGAUCCUGAGCAAUGCGUCUGCAACGAAUGCUCGGAGUUCAAACGGCAAGAAGAGAAGAGGUGCUCUUGCCAGAAAGUCAAGUUCAGUAACCCCCUAGAGGCGGGGGUUUGUAAAUGCGUCACCAGGGAUUUCCCCAAUGCCGUGAACGAUUCUUGUUGCUCUGCCUGCGGGCGCGAAUCAAGUCAGUGCGUUUGUGGCCCGAAAUUCGUGCCUAAAAAGCCCAAAUUGAUUGGUAGCAAAGAUGGAGAAGAUUCGUAUGCCAGGAAGGGGUCUCCUUGCUCCCAUUGUAUCGGCGUGCAAGCUAAUGCGCCGGGCAAAAGUAAUUUGACCAAAUGUUCGAGUCCACGUGAUAGCUCCAAGGAUUGGGAGUCGAAAUAUUGCGGUUCAGAGUGUCCGAAAUCGAGACAUUCGAUUACAUUCGACGACGAGUGCUCGAAGUAUUGUCCUGGGGAAAUAAGAAAAAUAAGCCAGCUAUCCUUGUCAUGUCCUGGUAGCACCCAAUCUUCCACGGAAUCCCUCCAAUCCAUACCAAACAGGGCGCAGUAUCAAUCUCCAUCGCAGCAAUCAGCAAAGAAAGAGAAACAGUCUCGGAAAAAAGCACCUCCUUCUUCUUCCAGAAUUGCCAAUCGCAGUAAACUUGAGACGGGAGAACAGCGGGCUUAUUCUUUGCAAGCGAAAAAAAGUUGCCAGUGCUGCACUUGUAACAAUUGCAGUGUCCAAACGAAGAGACCUGGAGAUAAGAACGCACGGUGCCAAUGUUGUGUUUGCGAAAAUUGCGGUAUACAAGUUUCUCUGGACGAAAACGGCAGACCUAGAAAGAUUAUCAGGUCCAAAUGGUGCCUCAAACAUACUGAUACAAAAACGAAUAAAAAAAAUUCGAACAGUAAAUCGAAUCGAACCUAUGUAGAGUGCGAAAAGAAAAAGAGACGCAAAAAAGAUGAACUCGAUUGUACGGAUGAAUCAUUACAGAGCAUAUCGUCAGGAAAUAUCAUUUGCAUCACGCCGACGAAGUAUAAGAAUAUGAAUAGACAAAAAUCAGAUUCGACGUGUCAAUGUACAGCACCCAGGAUUCGACAAAAUCUGUACUUUUCAGGAAGGUGCGAACUCGAGCAACACAAGUCCCUUCAAAUUUGCCCUUCGGUAUUGAAAGCGAUAUGCAAAUCGGUCAACACGUCUGCUCAUCAAGAACGAAUCUGUUCGCCCAAUUGCCAACAAGCCACUCCAGGUACGUCCGAUUCGUUCAUGCGCAUUCGGAUUCCACAAGGAGUUCAGUGCUCGGACAUAGAGAUCGAUUACGAAGCAAAGCCGUCCUCCAAGUCGUUCUAUCCUCAGAUUUGUUUCUUUUCGCCUACUCCUCCACCGCCUUGUCCUCCCUGCAGACAACCUUGUCAACCUCCUCCGUGUCCCCCACCCUGUAUACCUCCACCGUGUCCACCGCCUUGCAGUCCUCCAUAUCCUCCAGCUCCAUGUCCUUCGACUUGCAGACCCCCGAGUCAACCGUGCCCCCCUCCUUGUUCACCCCCUCCUCCAUGCAGACCUUGUCCAUCUUUCUAUUCACCGCCACCGUGUAGACCGCCCCCUUGCCCGCCUCCGCCAUGCAGACCGUGUCCUUCCUUUUAUUCACCACCCCCUUGCGCACCUCCACCAUGCAGACCUUGUCCACCCCCACCUUGCAGGCCUUGCCCACCUCCUUGUACACCGCCACCUUGCAGACCUUGUCCACCACCUUGCUCACCGCCACCUUGCAGACCUUGUCCACCACCCUGCUCACCGCCACCAUGCAGACCUUGUCAACCCCCACCCUGCAGGCCCUGCCCACCUCCUUGUGCACCGCCACCCUGUAGACCUUGUCCGCCACCUUGUUCACCGCCACCCUGUAGACCUUGUCCGCCACCUUGUUCACCGCCACCCUGCAGACCUUGUCCACCUCCCUGUCCACCACCACCCUGCAAUCCUUGUCCACCUCCUUGUUCACCACCACCUUGCAGAUCUUGUCCAUCGCAAUGCCGACCAUGUCCUCCUCCAUGCAGACCUUGUCCACCCCCUUGUUCACCACCACCUUGCCAGCCGUGUCCAUCACAAUGCCAACUACCGUGCCGACCUUGUACACCCCCUUGUCCACCCCCAUGUCCUCCCCCGAAGAGAUGCUGUAGUCCAUGUCCUUCUCCUUGUCCUCCGCCGCGUUGCAGGUCCUGCGGCCCUUGUCCACCCCAGCCAUGUAGGCGUAAAAGUUGCAAACCUCCGUCUUGCAAGAUCUUCCCACCGUGCACGAGGAAUCGCCCGCCUAGGCGCUCCUGCAAGCCUUUUCCCCUGCUGCCCCGGUGUAAGACCUCUUGCAGGACGGUGUGUUGCGCCCCCGUCCCCUGUUGCCCGUCGGAGUGCACUCCGCCGCCAUCUUGUCGUCCUUCCGGGUGCGGCAUUUCGGACUGCCCUUUUCAGAGUGAGAAGCCUCCAUCCGCACCUCCGGGUUGUCGGUGCAAAACUCCCCCACCAGAGGCAAAAGAGACCCUGUCUGUUCUACUACACGUUCCCUGUAAACUGUGCGGAAUCCCACCUUGUGCUGCUAUAUCUUCAAUGAGUUGCCCCAUAUGCAGCAAGUGCAAGCGUAAAUCUCCCGUAGACGAUUCCGACUCCCUCAAACCCAAGAAGUCCCGUUCGGACUCGGAUCACCCCAAACGAAACAGUCAAAACAGGCCCAAGACCAAAUCGAACAGCCCCAACCCCAAUUCUAACUCUCGCGAAACGUCCAAGUCGAUCUGCGAACCCUGCGACGAUGACAACUCCUCAACCGCGCCCGACGACGUUUCCGCAGAGUCUUCCCCUUCCUCCUCUUCCCUCCCUUCACGUUCUGUUCCCCCAGAUGAAUCGAGAUCCUGCGAAUCUCUGGAUUACCCCUGCAAGCCGCUGAAACCGAAGACGGCGAGGGUGAGGGAUAACUCCUCGGAGGCGUCGUUGACCUGUCCCUCGAAGAAGGCUGUUUGUCCGGCGAAACCGCCGCCUUGUCCGGGCGCGGGCGACAAACCCUGCCCCUCUUUCCCACCCAGACCUUGUCCGAAUAGGAGGGGGAGAGAUCGCGAGGAAGAUUACAAAAUGAGGUCCUCCAAGUCGGAAAGGAGGGAGAGUCAGGACUCUGGUAGACGGCGAUCCAGGGAGGAACGUAAGAGUAUCCAGGAGAACGACUCGAUACUGCUGCCACUUUCAAUACAGUCCCGAUCGCCUCUCCAAGAACUCCAGGACGCCAAGAGAGAGUACAAGAGAUCUGAGGGUUCCAGCAGGGACUUACAAACCCAAGACGAGGUACCCUCGAUGCCUUCCACCUCUCCUCCCAAAUCCGCCCAGCCCUUCCCCGGGAACAACAAACCAAACGUCCAAGUGUACUCUUGUACAACCGAAAACCAAGCUUAUCCGAAUCAAGACCAAGAAUACUCGGAGCAGAAGAAGUGCACUUGUGGUCCGGGCACGUGCAAAUGCUGCCAAACCGCCACGCACGAAGAGAAGGUCAUCCAGUGUCCGGCUUUCAGGCAGUGCACCUGUCAAACUGAACCGAAGGAAGACGCAAAUAUCCAGUGCAACUGCAAAGAGCACGCGGGCGUGUCUUGUAACUGCGACGAAGUCUACCAGGACAAAGAUAAUGCCUGCAAGUGCAAAACAUCCAGUUCGAGUUCUUCCUCGAACUCGGGCUCUGAUAGUCACAUGUCUUGCAUUUGCUGUAAGAAGGAGAAAAUCCUGAAAAAUCUCAUCAGCAAAAUACCCUUAUGCGGACCGUGCCAAGAGGUGCAUAGAACGAAUUUCUAUCCGCACAAUUAUUGCGAUCCGAACCACUCGUGCAUAUGCUAUAACCUGGUGAAUCGAGACUUGCUUUGCCAGUUCAAGCAGACCCUGACCGAGCUCGAACGCUUGGAUAUCUAUCAGCAGUAUUGCGAGGUGUUGAAAAACUGCAAGUGCUGCAAGAAAUGCGGAUGUAAGUGUAAGUUACCCACGAAGUUCAAAAACGGAUGCGCGUACUUUUUGAAACUGGAAGACGCCUGUCCCAACAAGCAUUGCGAAGAGGAGGAGUGCGAUUCGGAUUUUUUCAAUUGCGAAGAAGAGGAAGAGGAAGAUCGAGAAAAUUACCUUCCAGAGGUCACCGUCAAGGUCCCCAACCCUAGAUGUUCUUGUGGUAGAAAGAAGAAGAAUGGACACGAAGCCAAGAAAUACACGAGUUGUCCUUCAAUACAGAAUUAUUUAUGUACAUUGAAGCCUGAUUUCAUAGCGCGUGCUGAACGUAGGAGGCGAAUUUUAAGGGAUGCAACAACGCAAAGGGAGGAAAACUCUGAAAAGAGGAAGUUGAAUUUUAUCGAAAAAGUUAAUUAUUUGAAUCAAAGGAAAAGAAACGAUAAAGUGUCUAGUGAAAGUAACAUUUAUAAACAGAACGGGUACCAGACUAACACAUAUUGUGUUUUUGAUAUUGAAUUGAACGAUUCGCCAAAGAGAGUUCAACCGAGGGUGUUCAAGAGUUUUAGGGAAAUGAAGGAUUUAACUAGACGGCGAUAUCUUCAUCUGACUGAGGUUAAAAGUAAAAAGAAGUUAAACAGAGAAAAAAGACUUAGAGAAGCCAAUAGGCUGCUCGCAAAUACUUUCACAAGGAGAUUACAGAGGAGUACUCUCAGAGGAAAUGUGGAUAUUCCUCUGAAUGUGAAAGUAGUAGCAUAUUGACUAUAAUUUUUGGAUAUUUAUACAAUAUAUGAUUUUGAAUUGUAAUUUAACAAAAGUUCGAAAAAUAAAACAACUCGUAUUGUAA